AUGGCAUUUUGUUGAAGCAUGAAGACCCGUGUGAGAAACGAAACUGGACCCACAACUUUACCACGACUGUACCAACUGCAGUACAAAAGGAUUGUUAAGUAAAGUUCAGUAUGUAUGGUAACCUAAUCAUUAGUGUGGUGCUGCUUAGUUGGGGUGUGCAGGUCUUUGCACAAGCAGGGAAUCACUUCUACCCUUUUGGCUCUGCCAAUGGAGACACAGUUAACCCCAAGGAAGAUGAUGGUGGAUCACUGAGUAUUCCACUAUCUGGAGGAACAUACAACAAGCUUUAUGUCAGCAACAAUGGCUUGAUUUCAUUCAAUGAAGCUUUCAAUUCCUUUACCCCCAACUUAUUCCCAUUACCUACUCCCCAUACUAUCAUUGCACCAUUCUGGACAGAUCUGGACAACAGAGUCAGUGGAAUUGUUUCUUACAGAGAAAGCAACGACCCACAGCUUCUCCAGCGGGCAACUCAAGACAUCAACAGAUAUUACCAUUUUCUGGACUUUAAUGCCACCUGGGUUUUUGUUGCCACGUGGGACAAGGUGCCAUAUUUUUCAAGCCCAGAAACGAAGAACACAUUCCAGGCUGUUUUAAUCACAAACGGAAAUAAUUCCUUCGUUAUUAUGAACUACGGAUACAUAGAUGUGACAACUCGAAAUGUGGUGGCUGGAUUUGAAAGCAAAAAUGUAUUUUUCAACCUUCCUGGCUCCAUGCAAUCUAACAUUACCCAAAUCAACUCAACCAGCAAUGUGAACUAUCCAGGGCGCUGGGUGUUCCCUGUUGAUAUAGGAGGUCCUUAUCCACCUGGAAACAUAAGAAUAGACUCUGUGGGCAACGGCUCAGUUUCUCUAAACUGGGACAGACCUCCCGGUAUGGAUGGAAUCAAGUAUACCUUUAACAUAACCUACUACAGCUACUUUACGGGUUUCAGUGGAACCAUCAACACAGCUUCCAAUUCCACUGUCAUCUCUAACCUGAUGCCAGGAAGCUGGUACAUCUUCAGUGUAACCACAGUACAGGCCGAUGGGAGUCGGAGCACAGCUGUUUCAGUGUCUGUCUAUACAGGUCCUUAUCCACCUGGAAACAUAAGAAUAGACUCUGUGGGCAACGGCUCAGUUUCUCUAAGCUGGGACAGACCUCCCGGUAUGGAUGGAAUCCAGUAUACCUUUGACAUAACCUACUCCAGCUACUUCAGGGGUUUCAGUGGAACCAUCAACACAGCUUCCAAUUCCACUGUCAUCUCUAACCUGAUGCCAGGAAGCUGGUACAUCUUCAGUGUAACCACAGUACAGGCCGAUGGGAGUCGGAGCACAGCUGUUUCAGUGUCUGUCUAUACAGGUGUGCAGGUCUUUGCACAAGCAGGUCCUUAUCCACCUGGAAACAUAAGAAUAGACUCUGUGGGCAACGACUCAGUUUCUCUAAGCUGGGGCAGACCUCCCGGUAUGGAUGGAAUCCAGUAUACCUUUGACAUAACCUACUCCAGCUACUUCAGGGGUUUCAGUGGAACCAUCAACACAGCUUCCAAUUCCACUGUCAUCUCUAACCUGAUGCCAGGAAGCUGGUACAUCUUCAGUGUAACCACAGUACAGGCCGAUGGGAGUCGGAGCACAGCUGUUUCAGUGUCUGUCUAUACAGGUCCUUAUCCACCUGGAAACAUAAGAAUAGACUCUGUGGGCAACGGCUCAGUUUCUCUAAGCUGGGACAGACCUCCCGGUAUGGAUGGAAUCCAGUAUACCUUUGACAUAACCUACUCCAGCUACUUCAGGGGUUUCAGUGGAACCAUCAACACAGCUUCCAAUUCCACUGUCAUCUCUAACCUGAUGCCAGGAAGCUGGUACAUCUUCAGUGUAACCACAGUACAGGCCGAUGGGAGUCGGAGCACAGCUGUUUCAGUGUCUGUCUAUACAGGUCCUUAUCCACCUGGAAACAUAAGAAUAGACUCUGUGGGCAACGGCUCAGUUUCUCUAAACUGGGACAGACCUCCCGGUAUGGAUGGAAUCCAGUAUACCUUUAACAUAACCUACUACAGCUACUUUAGGGGUUUCAGUGGAACCAUCAACACAGCUUCCAAUUCCACUGUCAUCUCUAACCUGAUGCCAGGAAGCUGGUACAUCUUCAGUGUAACCACAGUACAGGCCGAUGGGAGUCAGAGCACUGCUGUUUCAGUGCCUGUCUAUACAGGUGUGCAGGUCUUUGCACAAGCAGGGACUCACUUCUACCCUUUUGGCUCUGCCAAUGGAGACACAGUUAACCCCAAGGAAGAUGAUGGUGGAUCAAUGAGUAUUCCACUAUCUGGAGGAACAUACAACAAGCUUUAUGUCAGCAACAAUGGCUUGAUUUCAUUCAAUGAAGCUUUCAAUUCCUUUACCCCCAACUUAUUCCCAUUACCUACUCCCCAUACUAUCAUUGCACCAUUCUGGACAGAUCUGGACAACAGAGUCAGUGGAAUUGUUUCUUACAGAGAAAGCAACGACCCACAGCUUCUCCAGCGGGCAACUCAAGACAUCAACAGAUAUUACCAUUUUCUGGACUUUAAUGCCACCUGGGUUUUUGUUGCCACGUGGGACAAGGUGCCAUAUUUUUCAAGCCCAGAAACGAAGAACACAUUCCAGGCUGUUUUAAUCACAAACGGAAAUAAUUCCUUCGUUAUUAUGAACUACGGAUACAUAGAUGUGACAACUCGAAAUGUGGUGGCUGGAUUUGAAAGCAAAAAAAAAUUUUUCAACAUUCCUGGCUCCAUGCAAUCUAACAUUACCCAAAUCAUCUCAACCAGCAAUGUGAACUAUCCAGGGCGCUGGGUGUUCCCUGUUGAUAUAGGAGGUCCUUAUCCACCUGGAAACAUAAGAAUAGACUCUGUUGUCAACGACUCAGUUUCUCUAAGCUGGGGCAGACCUCCCAGUAUGGAUGGAAUCCUGUAUACCUUUGACAUAACCUACUCCAGCUACUUGACGGGUUACAGUGGAACCAUCAACACAGCUUCCAAUUCCACUGUCAUCUCUAACCUGAUGCCAGGAAGCUGGUACAUCUUCAGUGUAACCACAGUACAGGCCGAUGGGAGUCGGAGCACAGCUGUUUCAGUGCCUGUCUAUACAGGUGUGCAGGUCUUUGCACAAGCAGGUCCUUAUCCACCUGGAAACAUAAGAAUAGACUCUGUGGGCAACGACACAGUUUCUCUAAGCUGGGGCAGACCUCCCGGUAUGGAUGGAAUCCAGUAUACCUUUGACAUAACCUACUCCAGCUACUUGACGGGUUUCAGUGGAACCAUCAACACAGCUUCCAAUUCCACUGUCAUCUCUAACCUGAUGCCAGGAAGCCGGUACAUCUUCAGUGUAACCACAGUACAGGCGGAUGGGAGUCGGAGCACAGCUGUUUCAGUGCCUGUCUAUACAGAUCCUUCUCCACCUGGAGACAUAAGAAUAGACUCUGUGGGCAACAUCUCAAUUUCUCUAAGCUGGGGCAGACCUCCCGGUAUGGAUGCAAUCCAGUAUACCUUUAACAUAACCUACUCCAGCUACUUGAUGGGGUUCAGUGGAACCAUCAACACAGCUUCCAAUUCCACUGUUAUCUCUAACCUGAUGCCAGGAAGCCAGUACGUCUUCAAUGUCACCACUGUACAGGCUCAUGGGAGUCGGAGCACACCUGUUUCAGUGUCUGUCUAUACAAAUCCUUCUCCACCUGGAGACAUAAGAGUAGACUCUGUAGGGACCAACUCAGUUUCCCUGAGCUGGGGCAAACCUUCCGGUAUGGAUGGGAUCCUCUAUACCUUUAACAUAACCUACUCCAGCUCCUCUACCAGUUACCAAAUCUCCACUAGUGGAAACUCCAAAUCCAUUAUCAUCUCUAACCUGAUACCAGGAAGCAAGUAUGUUUUCAGUGUCACCACAGUGCAGGCCCAUGGAAGUCAGAGCACACCUGUCUUUCAGUCUCUCUAUACAAUUCCUUCCCCACCUGGAGAGAUAAGAAUAGACUCGGUGGACACUAACUCGGUUUCUCUGAGCUGGGGUGAACCUUCUGGUAUGGAGAAGGCAUCGUACAGCUUUAAUGUAACCUACUUCAGCUACAUUUUGGGUCAUCAAGGCUCCACCAUUGCCAGCUCAAAUUACACUGUCAUCUCUAACCUGGAAUCAGGAAUUGAGUACUUCUUCAAUGUCACCACUGUGGUGGGAAAUGCAGCCAGCAGUAUACCGGAUAAUAGUGGACAAAGCACACCUGUUUCAAAAUCUCAGUACACAAAAGCUGAAAACCGUGCAAUUAUUACUAUAAAAUACAGGUGCUCUGAUGAACCACAACAGUGCCAGAAGAUAGUAGAGGAAAAGUUUCGAGCCAUAUUGGGGAAGCAGCUAUCUGGAAUGACCUGGAGCAUGAAAAUUCUAGACAACCGGAAAGGGAAUUAAUCAUAAUGCUGAUGAUAAAGAGCAUUCAUAUAUAGUACAGCCUCAUGUUCAUGUGAUUCAGCCAUCUGACAUUUCUCUAUAUGAGAUGCAAAUG